AUGUCUCUAUUAAGAUUAAAUUUGUUACGUUCCUUUCAACCGACGUUUAUUCGUACAGCUAAAACAAGUGAUAUACCCGCUGAUGAUGACGUUCCAGUUGAAUCAUCGGAAACAACAGGUCGCGAACGAUCACUAAAUCGCAUCCAACUCAUUGGUCGCGUCGGUGCUGAUCCAAAGAUAGGUGGAACUCAACGACACAAAGUGGUUACAUUCAAUGUUGCUACGAAUGAAUAUGCAGGAACGGAUGCUCAGAAUGGUGAAGUCAAGCAACGAGUUGAUUGGCAUCGUAUUGCUGUUUUUCAACCACGUUUAUUGGAUAAUGCUGAGAAAUACAUUCGUCAAGGUGAUCGAUUGUACGUUCAAGGUCGCUUGCAUCAUAAUAUGAUUAAAGAUAAGAAGACUGGUCAAGACCAAAUCGACACGACUAUUCCAAUACAUCGGCGAGCACAAAAUGUCUCAGUCGAUUAUAUCGAUCGCCCGUACACGCUGCAAAUUCAAGAAGGGCAAUCAUCACUGAAAGAUGGAGUUUCAAUGCGACUAUAUACGAAUGUUUCGUGUCAAUUGCGGGCCUUUUGGUUUGUGAAUAUUCAAGAUUUCUAUGGAGAAAUCGAUUCCGCAGAGUUUCGAAUGGCUCUGCAUGAAAAUCGGUUUUUGAAAGAGCAUUGUGUCCAUCAGCAAACUCUGAAUUUCGAAACGCCAGGCGAUUAUGUUCAACGAAUCGAAUUCUCUGAUGCAGAAAACUAUCUAAUGAGAAACAAUCAAAUACGUCGCCAAUAUCCACUUAUUCUCGUUGUUCACAGUCUCAUCGAUGGCAAUUCAAGUAAUUUCUUCCAAUUGCCGAUUCAAAUUUCAACAUUACAUGUCAAAUCCUCUAUACCAAACGAUCCUCCUACCAAGCUAUUAGCCCAAAUCUCUAAGCUCGCCAAUGGACAAUCACUAAUUCUACAAGAUAUUUACAAACCAGGUGCAUUUACCUCCGAGGAUGCAUGUGCUAUAUGUCUAACAGAACGUGUUAGUUACGUUUUAUUACCUUGCAAACACGCCUGUCUGUGCGAAACCUGUUUUCAUCUGACUGAAAAGUGUCCGAUAUGUAAUAAUCGCGUUGUAUCUUAUUUUCGAAUAUAA